AUGAAGGGCAUUUCCCCACCGCCAGCAAGACCUCGAGAACGACAACCAUCGCCCUCAAGACGACCACCAUUUGAACCUCGUAUUGAUCUACGAACUAAUCGACCACCUCCACCACAAGCUCUUCAACCUUCCCCUGCAGAACACCCCAAACCUCGUCACUAUAUCCCAAACCCCUCAUCCUUUCCUUCCCUACAACCUCCAAUUCCCAAACCCCUUCCAACCCCCCCGACCCCUAAGGUUACUCCCCCAGCCUUCGCAUCACCGACGACGUCGACUCCUGCUCGUAUUGAAGCAGGAACUCAGACAGAACAACCAGUGGAAGAUAUGCAGGUCGAGACAAUUACAGAAGCUCCCACUUUGUAUGCCGAAGCUGGAACACAAACAGAGGAGUCCCAGUUAAGCAAGACAUGA